AAUUUUAUAUUUUUUUAAACCAAAAACAGAACAUUUUUUCUUUUUUUAAAUUUAUUAUUAAAAAAUGUAUGGAAAACUAAAAAAUAUCUGCCGACUAUGUGGCAAAAAAGAUGAGCAAAUUAAAAAUGAUGUCAAUAGCGAAUUUUCUCAUCCAAAUCUCUAUAAAACAAUUGAAAAACAUUUCUCCGUGAAGGUUGAAUGCAAUAACCAAAUAUGCAACGAAUGCAAAAACUUUUUACUUAAAUUAAUCGAAUUCGACGAAACUGUCCAGCGAACGCAAUUGGAAUUUCUCUGUUCAAAAAUCGAAAUAGAAAACGAAGAAGACUAUCAAUCAGAAGAUCAUCUAUCAGAGGAAGAAUCUGAUAACCCACAAGAGGAAAAAACGAAUUUGCAUGAACCCCAAAACUAUAUCCUCCCUAAAGUUAGAAAACGAAAAUCAAAACUCUGUCGCCAGCCAUCCACAGUUUUCUCUAAUAGCGAACAUGAAAUCAAGAGAUUCCUUUGCGAUUUAUGUGGAAAGGCAUACAAGUCCAGUUCAGACUUAGGCCGUCACAAAGACUUUCACAGAGAUGACGAUGACACUCCGUUUGCUUGUAGCAUUUGUAACAAAAAGUUCAAAAGCAAACUAGUCACAGCAGUAAGUUUAAUCGUGAUAGUUCGAUUUUGUAGCAGACCGGAGACACGUCGAUUCUAGCUAAAUCGAGUGUACUGAAUUCAGUGGUGGCAACUGUUUUAAAAACUUGGCUCAGAUAUUUUGAAAAUAAAAUCAUGGGUCGGGACUAUUAAAAUACUGAUAAUUUCGAAUAAUUAAGUUGUUUUUAUCAGUUUUUAGUUUUUAUACCUAUUCUUGUAUAGAGCUAUAUGUAUAAGGCUAUUCCCAUCUGGAUUAUGUUGGAAGAAACAGCUUAAAACACUUUACUUUUCAUUACUGACCUAUAUAUUUCAACUCUACAAUCAAUCAAAUAUUCAUUGCUUUUCAAUUUUUCAUU